AUCAACGAAUAGUGGAGCUUGUUUCCUUAUAUCUCUAUUUUCCCCAGAAGAUGUACUAUGCUGGGAGGUGUACAUUGUAUUAAUUUAAAUUAUAUUUUACAAUUACAUGAAAUUUAAUUCCAUUAACAUUUAUCAAUGUACUAACAACAAACAACAAUGUCAUUAGAAAUUGGAAUUUUACCAAAGUUCAUACAUAUAACUAUUGUGGUUGUAGCAUAUUGGAUAAUUUCUAUAUUAACAGUAUUUAUAAACAAAGCACUUUUAUCUAGUAAUAGUAUAAACUUGGAUGCACCACUUUUUGUAACAUGGUGCCAAUGUAUAGUAAGUUUAAUUAUUUGUGCAUCUUUAAGUAAAUUAUCAAAAGAGUUCCCAGAAUACAUUAAGUUUCCAGAUGGUAACCCUUAUACUAAGGAAACUCUUAGUAAAAUAUUACCAUUAUCCCUUUUAUUUACUGGGAUGAUUGCAACAAACAAUUUAUGUUUAAAAUAUGUUGGUAUUGCAUUUUAUUAUGUGGGACGUUCAUUAACAACUGUAUUUAAUGUUAUUUUCACAUAUCUUAUACUUGGUCAAAGGACUUCCAUAAAGUGUAUCGCAUGUUGCACAUUUAUUGUGACUGGAUUUUGGCUUGGUGUAGACCAAGAACACAUUGCAGGUUCGUUAUCAGUUCUAGGAACAAUUUUUGGUAUACUUGGAUCAUUAAUGCUUUCAUUAUACUCCAUUCAUAUGAAACAAGUCCUUCCAGCAGUAAAUCAAGAUAUUUGGUUACUUUCAUAUUACAAUAAUGCAUAUAGUGUUAUUAUAUUUCUUCCAUUGAUGGUAGCUAAUGGAGAACAUAUUACAGUAUACAAUUAUGAUAAAAUUGGAUCUCUAUUUUUUUGGUCUGCUAUGAUUGUUGGUGGUAUUUGUGGAUUUGCAAUUGGUUAUGUUACUGCUCUUCAAAUAAAAGUAACAUCUCCUCUAACACACAAUAUCAGUGGUACUGCUAAAGCUUGUGCGCAAACAGUUCUGGCAACAUAUUGGUUUAAUGAAGAGAAAUCAUUUAUGUGGUGGAUGAGUAAUUUUAUUGUGCUUGGUGCAAGUGCAAUGUAUGCUAGGUUCAGACAACUUGAUCUAAGUAAAGAAUAUAGAGAAGAAAAACAACUAUUGAAAGUAUGAUAAAAAUUCGAAUGAAAUUGACAUAAACUUUGCACAUAAAUUGCCUCAAAUAAAAUACAAAUUAGGUAUAUAAUAGUAUUAUACUCUAUGUAAUUUUUAAAAAUUUA